UUAAGAAUAUAUCUACAUGUAUUGAAAGUAUAGAAAAGACAAACAGUAAUGUAACUAAGGAAUUUGACAUGUUUCCAGAGUCUGUUAGAACUCCGGUAUUUUACGUGCUGCCGAAAAUACAUAAGACUCCCGACAGCAAUCUACCGCUAAAUUAUCCCGGGCGACCCAUUGUGUCGGCAUGCAACUCGCCCACGGAAAACAUUUCAAAAUAUCUUGAUUAUAUACUCAAACCGCACAUGAUAAACUUACCGUCUGAUAUUAAAGACACAACUGACUUUAUUGAAAAGAUUAAAAGUUUCAAAUUCAAGAGUAAGGCUACUUAUUUAGUGACACUAGAUGUUUCUUCUCUAUACACAAACAUACCGCACAGCGACGGAAUAGACGCAUGUAAAUAUUUUUUGGACGAGCGUUGCCAUGGAAGAUUAAAAAGUGACGAUGUCGCAAAACUCAUUAAACUUGUUCUUCAAAAUAAUUAUUUCAAAUUUGAUGAAGAUUUUUAUCUUCAAAAAAUGGGUACUGCGAUGGGCAGCUAAAUGGCACAAUUAUACACAUCGUUAUUUAUGGGAAAAUUUGAACAGAACUUCCUUAGAAAUCGAGAUCUACAACCGACACUUUGGCUGCGUUUCCUGGAUGAUAUUUUUAUGGUGUGGGAUCAUUCCUUGGAAGAACUAGAACAUCAGAGAGUUAAACAGUUUUCAUCCUGACAUAAAGUUUACGCAUACUAUUUCACAGGAUUCGCUCUCGUUCCUAGAUGUAAAUAUAUCCAAGGGAGAGAAUUUAUGUGUCGAAACUAACAUAUAUGUGAAAGAAACUAAUAACCACCAGUACCUGGACUAUACAUCAUGUCAUCCCAAACAAUGUAAGAACGAUAUUCCGUAUAGUCAAGCAAAACGCUAUAGACGUAUAAUUCAGAUGAUGACAAGUUCAAACAUUCAUUAUCACAGCUUCGUGAAUUCUUCGUUGACAGAGGUUACCCACAUGAUGUGUUAGACCGAGCCUUCCAAAAAGUAAGCAAUAUAUCUCAGCAAGAAGCUUUACAGACUCAAGUUGGGGACAAAAAUAGUGUAAUUCCUUUUACUAUUGUGUAUGAUCCAGCGCUUCCACGUAUUGGUAACUCUAUUAAUAAAUACUGGAAUAUUUUGAACCUAUCAAAAAGCUUUACAACUUAAUCCGUUUAUGAGAACUGUAAACCUGUUGUUGCCUAUAGACGUCCGAAAAAUUUACAAGAUUGUUUGAUAAGUUCAGAGUUCAAUAAGCAAAGUGAUAAACUUUAUCUCUCACAGAGAUAUAAUGGUAGCCGAUGUUCUCAUUGUACCAAUAUCGAAACAGGUUCAGAAUUUACCAGUCAAAUGACUGGUCAAGCAUACAGUUUACAUCAUAACGUAAACUGUAAAAGUAAAUGUGUAAUUUAUUUGAUUACUUGCAAAAAAUUUGACAAACAGUAUGUAUGACAAACUAAGCAACCUGUAUCAAAACGCAUGAACAGUCACCGAUUUGAUAUUAAUAGUUUUACUGACCCUACUUUUUCCUCAAUGGUUGCAUCACAUUUCAGUUUACGAGAUCAUUGCUUAAAGGACUUUUCUUUUAUGCCUAUUGAUGUUGUAAGAAAUGACAUUGAUCGUCUCUGCAAAGAAACAGUGUGGAUACAUAAACUGAAAACGCUCUAUCCAGAUGGUUUAAAUUCUAAAGUUUUAUUUGAUAUUAAUUGACCAAUUAACUAAUUUUAUUGAUCUACAUAUAUAGAUAUGUAAUGCCGAGUAUAUUGUUGUUUUUUCCUAUUUCUGCAUUUUAUAUUCAUAAGUAUAGGAAAUUAUGUAUAAACACUAUCCGAAAAUUUACUCGGUAUGUUUGUUAAAUCCGUUUAAAGAAACGUUAUUUUGAAUUCAUUUAACACUGUAAAUAAUGUAGAUCUAAACUUUGUAUACAUUUUACCGCCUUUUUACACGACGUUGUUUAACGACGUCACGUUCGUUCUUUUUAUUGUUAUUCUUCCCCUGAUGAAGGCUUAACGCCGAAACGUUGGAAAUUAAUAAUUAUCUAUGAACAAACGCUACACGUGUUGUUGUUGAUUUUUCUUGUUUGCAGAUAAUAAUGGGAAACAUUUAUCAGACCUAGUAUUAUAAGGAAGUGUUUAAAUGUUUUAAAAUGGCGGCCAAGGGGAGUACAACAGACGCGUCAGAUGAAUUCUUUGACUUCGUAUGUUCUCCGUGUAACAAGAAAGACAGGAAUACUGAAGCAGUGAAGUAUUGUGCGGACUGUCAGGAGUAUCUAUGUGGAGCUUGUGUUAUACAUCAUAAUAGUUUUGCUGUCCUAGCAGGACAUACACUGGUGGGAAGGUCAAAAUCUGGAAAUACAAGCGGGGCGGAUAUCAAGCAUUUACCAUCGGUGCCGACUGAAAGAUGCACAAUUCACAAAACUAAACUUAUGGAUAUGUUCUGUGCCGACCAUGAUUCAAUUGGAUGUCAUGUCUGCUUUACGAGUAAUCACAAAACAUGCCAAAAUAUCCACUACUUUCCGGAAUUUGUCCAAUCGGUAAGGCAAGAUGAAAAUGACAAGCGGGUUGCAAAAGAAAUAAAGACGGUUAUGUCCGUAGCAGAAUACUUCAUGAAACGAAACCAGAAGGCUAGAAAGGAAAAUAGCAAAAGUAAAAUGGUCUGUCUAAAAGAAAUUAAAUCCUUUAGGGCAGACAUCAAUGAAGUAACAGACCAAUUAGAGAAAGCGUCAGUAGCUGAAAUUGAGGAGAACCAUAAUGAACUGGACAAAAUAUUACAACUUAAAAUAGACAAUAUGCAUGAUACACUUGAUAAACUUACAAAAUAUGAAGCUGAAAUGAGAUCUUCACAAAACAAUCCGUCACAACUAUUUGUUGCGACAAAACUUUGUAAAGAAAUAAUUCUUGACACGGAAAAGUGUAUGCAAGUCGAAGAACAGAGAACUUGUCUAGCAUUUACAAGAAAUCAAAAUAUUCACAAAGUUCUUCAAAACUGUGAUUCACUCGGGGAACAAAACUGUACAAGACAGGAAGACCUUUAUGAGAUAUUAAGCCAGAAAGCUACAACGUGAAACUGGAAGAAGACAUUUGUUCAUGUUGUAUUAUUUCAUCGUGCAUGCUUGACUCCGGGGAUAUACUUCUGGCUGACAACAGCAACAGAAAUAUCAAACGCGUUGAAUGUAAAACAUUUUCAGUACAAGACUCUUUAAAACUACCCCACUAUCCAUUGUCAGUGUGCAAGGUCAGUAAAUGGAAAAUUGCGGUGACCUUGAGCAAUAAUUUUGUGCAGAUUGUCGGCAAAACGGCGAUAUCCUGUGGGUGCAUUCGGGACAAGAACUUGACAGAUAUUGUGGUGUGUGUUCUGAUGGACACGGUAACGUGUUUGUAUGUUGUGAAGAAUCAAACUGUGUUGUGCAAGCGGGGUUAGAUGGAAAGCACGUAGGAGAUGUAAUGCCUAUGUCUCUUGGAAAAAAGAACCCACAGGCAGUGUGUUUUGACAAGCAGAAUUCAAAGUUGAUUGUGUCUGCUCAAAACAGAAUCCAUAUUUUCGUGAUCAGUAGACAUGUUGUCUAUUACAAGAACUGAAAAACAUUUAGUCACUCAUCACUUAAAUCUGUUAAAGUUUCAUCCUUGAAUGCAAAUGACCGUAACAUUUUGAUUUUCUAAACAUUGAAAAAGUCCUGUCUACAGUAAUAGUCUCGCUGCUUCAUUUGCUAUUUCUAUAAUUAACAUCAUUUUUAGCACACAUCAAAUGUAAUAAAUGACUGCUUUGUUGAUAAACCAAUAUAAAAAAAAAAUAAAUAAAUAAAUAAACAACAAACUCAUCAUGGUUUCAGAAAUGGGCACAGCAGCAUAAAGCAAGUAAGAGAUAUAUGAUUAUUUUUAACCAGUUAAAAAUAAUGUUGUUUAUCAUCACACUUGUUAUAGAUUGUACAAAUGUAUGUGUUAUGAAAUGCAGUUCGGUAAAGAUAAUGUACAGAGUAAGUGAUUUUACAAAUUAAAUGUAUAUGCCUCAUAUAUGCUACAGGGAGUUAUGAAAUAUCCUAAUUUUGCAUUCAAUAUUUGUUCAUACUAAAAGUUGAUUAAUUCGGCAUUUAUGGAUUUGUGGAGCUUAUUUUUAUAUUGUUUUCAUAUGUAGAUUUACCAUGUAAUAUAAGGAUAAACAGAUAAUAAAGCGUACUUA